UUUAUGCGCGUUGUGGGGGUCGUGUCAGGUUUAUGUCGUACCAUAGAGCAAUUGUCCAAUCGCAGACUUUCGUUAACCCAUCCCUAAAGAGGUGAUAGGGUUUUAGCAAGCAUGGGAAAAUAACCAAUGAGCAAUAUGCUUGGCCGGUCGGAGGUAUUCUUCUCAGAGGGACAGUGAGCUUGCUUCGACUGACACUCCUUGUUGAUUUCCGCUGUGUGUUCAACGGAACAAUACGCGUUGAACUCAGGGAAGACUGUCAAAAGUCAUUAUAGCAGAAACCCAAAGCUCGAAAGGCUGACAGCUCAAGAGAGAAUCAUGCCAGCGCCGUAUUUCUCCACCCCUGCCUCGGUGAAAGAUUACGCCGACUCCAAGAACUACCAGAAAUGGAGCGGAUUCAUUGGUGGCGCAUUUAACGAUACGAUCAAAGUGGAAGAAAAAACUGUUGGUGUGGGGAAAUGCCAGUUCUACAACCCGGAGGUCAAGCCGGCUGGGAGUGACAGAGUUACACAAAAAGUGACAUGGAAUGGUUUUCCACGCCGUCUGCAGCAAGAUUUUCCGGACUCGUACCUAGAAGUUGCUGACAAGAAAGACGGGUGGCCCUUCAACGGUGAAGAAUACAAGAAAGCCAGAAACCAAGAUGAAUACCUAGAGUGGUAUGUGUACAAGAAUGCCGAAGGGAAAAUAACCCGAAUUGAUUUCACUUGUGAGGGACCCGAAUAUUGGGACUUCUUGUUCCAGUGGGAACCAGAGACUUGUCUGGCCCUCUACCAACGCUUUGUCUCAGCUGAUGUCAAGAUGGAAGAUCUCUACACCACAGAAGGAGGGGAAAAGGUGUACAACAUUUACAACAAGUGGAACACCACUGAUGGCUGUAUGCAUCUUAACUGCCCGCCGAACUCUCUUGGAGCUGAAAUCAGACUUGCUGGAGAUGCGUCUAUCAUCCGCGAGAAAAAUGGCAGGACGAUCACGGACUCCCAGGAACUGAUCAACUGCUCCAAGUACGGGCGGGCCGACCGUAACAGUGACCCUCACAUUGGCUCGGCUUGCAACACCCUGUGCCGUCAAGGCAUGCGGAUCAGCAUUGCUAACCCCGUGUGCUUGUUCAUUGCUGAGGUCAAGACUGCAGGUUGGACCACCCCUAACGGGGACGAUGCAUCCAAGUAUAUGAAAUUGGUCCGUGGAACUGCAGAGCAAGGCCUCCGGUACACCUUGGAGGUGCCCUCUUCUGAAGGCUUCACCGUGGGCGACAUCAUGAUAGCCGGUGAGCCCAUCCAAUUUGGCGGAUCAGUGGCUUUCUUGAUGGACGUGGGACUGAUAGCCGAAGCUUGUAAAGAUUCCCAGGGAGCCCAGCCGGCCUAUCCUUGUGUCUGCGCCGAGUCACAGCUCCAGGCCUCUUUGUUCGCCGUGAGCGCAUCUCUACCUGAGCUGAAGACCAAGGCGCACUACUUUACGCGCGGCUACAAAGCUAACUAAUUCCAGGCCAAAUACCAUGGUCGCAUCGAAAACAUGGCCACUGCACAUUCAACCUUUACUAUUUGGCUUAUUAACUGAAAAAAAGUAAAAGAGUGUUGUGAUACACACCUUGCCUCGCUAUUUACUCCAGUGUUCUUUAAACAUCCAUGAUAGAUAUAUCAGCCCCUUUUCGGCAGCUUUUUGUUAUAGUAAAUCAGCCUGCUUUUAUCAAGUGAAUGAUUAAUUUGCGAAUCUGAUAUUUAAAUUUCUAGCGAUUUAAUUAAAGUUACACAGUGUUGCCGUUGUCAGUCGGCUUUUCAUAGAAUUAAUUUUGCGAAAGUUGCCUUGUAAUUUAAGUAGCCGUUUUGUUGCAUGCAACCAUGUAGUCAUUCUGGAAUAAAACGUUGUUAUCUGUAACCUUUGUACACAUUUAGAAGUUUACCCCUUCAAUAUACAGGCAGAAUUUAAAUUUUACCUUAUGAUAAGAACUGACUUAAAUGUAGUAACAGAACCACGUUACCAAUUAGUGAGCAGUAUAUAGAGGGUAUAAGUAAUUUUAACGAUUUUUUUUUAAAUGUUAAACGUUUGGUCAAAGACAUAUAUCACGCCAUUUCACCAAUAAUGAGAGAAAAAAUGUCCAGCUAUUCCUGCAUUAUGGACUGAGGCUUAAAAAAUUAACAUCUAAUCAAAGAAAGUAACGAUCUUAUAGAUCUUAUGAGUAUGACAGAAAGAUUGUGGAUUGGCUCUUUUUUAAAUAAGAAACAAUAAACUAAUAGAUUACUGUCAUUGUUGAAUAGUAAAUCACAUUGCCUGAACUUGUAAACUUUUCAUGGAAAAAAAUGCAAGAAUGUAUAGCUUUUGUGAAUCGCAUUUGGUAAAAUUUAUAGUAAAAUUUAGAAACUGUACUACUCAAUAGUCUGACACCUACAAUGUGAGCUAAGCGUGCAACUGGCGUGUAACAGGUAGUCUUUAUACAAUUUUGAAGGACCACCCACUAUGCUGCAACUGAGAUCACUCGGUAUGAAAUGUGUGGACUGAGAGUUCAUAUUAACAAAAGCCCACGGUGUCACGGAGCAUACAUUAAACUGAAGUAUUUUUCUC